CUGAACAUCUUACCUUGGUCUCAUGUAUAAAUGCAUAUCCCACUCUCCUCUCAUCAUCUACCUACAGCCCAAGAUUCUUGCAUAACUCCUUGCUACUCCCUAGAGCUUCAAAGCUAUUCUUUUCUCUCAGGAAAAUGAAGGCUGGUGCCCUUGAGCUUGGUGAGGGGUCCAAGACUUCCAUCCCUAGAGGUGGGGUGAACAGAGGGAUCUCUAUACUCGACUUCAUUCUGAGGCUCAUCGCCAUCAUUGGCACGUUAGGAAGUGCAAUAGCCAUGGGAACGACUGAUGAGACACUACCUUUCUUCACCCAGUUCACUCAGUUCAGAGCCGAGUAUGAUGAUCUUCCAACAUUCACGUUCUUUGUGAUAGCAAAUUCCAUUGUAAGUGGCUACCUGGUUCUUUCUCUCCCAAUGUCCAUCUUACAUAUAGUGAGGAGUGGUGCAAGAGCCAGCAGAAUAGUCUUGAUAUUCUUUGACACGGCAAUGCUUGCUCUAUUGACGGCUGCAGCUUCUGCAGCAUCAGCCAUUGUCUACUUGGCGCACAAGGGCAAUGCUCAGGCGAACUGGUUUGCCAUCUGCCAACAAUUCAAUUCCUUCUGUGAGCGCAUCUCUGGCUCUUUGAUUGGAUCUUUUGGAGGAAUUAUUUUGUUUAUACUGCUAGUAUUGUUGUCUGCUGUUGCCCUUUCCCGCUGUUGAUGUUGCAUGGCACUAUUGUUGUCAGCUGUCCAUUUCUCGCUGUUGAUAUGGCAUGAUGAUCAUGGCUUCCUAUGAUCAGUGCA